AGGCGCCGCCAUUUUGUGCCCCCCCAUUAUUUCUCCCGUCAUGGCGCUCGUUUCGGCCGAUUCCCGCAUCGCGGAGCUGCUCGGGGAGCUGCACCAGCUCAUCAAGCAGACGCAGGAGGAGCGCUCCCGCAGCGAGCACAACCUGGUGAACAUCCAGAAGACGCACGAGCGGAUGCAGACCGAGAACAAAAUCUCCCCCUAUUACCGCACCAAGCUCCGGGGGCUCUACACCACGGCCAAGGCCGACGCCGAGGCCGAGUGCAACAUUUUGCGGCGGGCCCUGGAUAAGAUCGCCGAGAUCAAAUCGCUGCUGGAGGAGCGGCGCAUCGCGGCCAAGAUCGCCGGGAUCUACAGCGAGGCAGAGCCGCCCAGGAAGACCAUGAGGAGGGGGGUGCUGAUGACGCUGCUGCAGCAGUCGGCCAUGACCCUGCCCCUGUGGAUCGGCAAACCCGGAGAAAAGCCCCCCCCGCUGUGCGGGGCGGUGCCGGCGGCCGGGGACUACGUGGCCAAGCCGGGGGACAAGGUGGCGGCGCGGGUGAAGGCGCUGGAGGGGGACGAGCAGUGGAUCCUGGCCGAGGUGGUGAGCUACAGCCACGCCGCCAACAAGUACGAAGUUGAUGACAUCGACGAGGAAGGCAAAGAGCGCCACACGCUGAGCCGGCGCCGGAUCAUCCCCCUGCCCCAGUGGAAAACCAACCCCGAGACCGACCCCGAGGCCCUGUUCCACAAGGACCAGCUGGUGCUGGCCCUCUACCCACAGACCACCUGCUUCUACAGGGCCCUCAUCCACGCCCCCCCGCAGAGGCCCCAGGACGAUUACUCGGUGCUGUUCGAGGACACCUCGUACGCCGACGGUUACUCCCCCCCCCUCAACGUGGCCCAGCGCUACGUGGUGGCCUGCAAGGAGACCAAAAAGAAGUGAAAACGCCCCAAAAAAGGGUACCCCAAAACCUGGGGGGGAGAACCCCGAAAAAAUCCGCC